AUCAUUAGUGACUGGCAGGGCAGCCUGCACAGCUUGUGCCUUUGGGAUGUAGAAGCUUGCUGCUCUGUGUGUCUGACUCCCUGCAUGCGAACGCACCGACUCAGCUCCCAUAAUUCAACAGGCAACAAAGGAAGAAAGAAACAGGCCGCGAGCUACAAAGGCUUAGCCUACCUAGGCUAGAAGAGAUCACGUUAGGGUGUUUUUCCACCCGUCGCUUUGCUUCUGUGAGUUAAAACAAAGGUCUUAACUGCAUAUCGUAACGCACUGUGCCUUUGUUUCGAUUCGGGGGUGGACUUAGCGAAAGUAAUGGUAAUGUUUUCGAUUUAAAACGCUAGCAAAGCUAGCUGACAUAGGUAGGAAGCUAGCAUUAGCCUAGCUAACGCUAGCCAACAAUUGUCAAGGAGAAAAUAUUCACAAAUCCUUUCCGCAAUUUUUCAACAGCUUAAUCUCCUGAUUUAGAAGUAUAUUGGACGCACCCAGGAAAAAAGAAGGUGAUGGAGGUGGAACUUGACCCAGCCAACUGAGUCACCAUUUCCCCGCAGAUAAUGGAUGCAGUCGUUCCUCUUUGUGCAUGACUUAAUUCAUGUGGCCUGAUGGGAGGACACAGUGGAUAGUACUGUUGGCAGGAUACCAGGAGAGCCAUCCCAUGCCCCCACUUUGGAGGGGCUAACAGAAUGAAGAAAAUAAGCCUUAAGACCAUCCGCAAGACCCUCAACAUAAAGGGCAAAGAUGAAGGGGACUUUGUUAUGCUCCAACAGCCUUCAGUGACUACAGAGUUUUCUAAGGAGGAGUCAAUAUUUGGGGGAUGCUACACCAAAGAGCUUUCCGGCUGUGAUCUUGUUGGUGAAGAUGAGAAAGGAAGCCAAACCAAGAAUCGCUCUAAAAAUGAAAGCUUGAUGGGAUCACUGAAGAGAAGGCUAUCCACAAAACAGAAGGCAAAAGUCAAAGGAGGAUCGUCUGCUGUAGGUUCAGUGGAUGACGACGACACCCUCUCAUCAUCUUCUGUGCCCAUAAGCUGCAACGAGCUAAAAGCUCAAAGACCUCUUAGAUCUCCCUCUUUAUGGAGUCAGCAUUAUAGCCCCUCACCAUGGCCUCUGCGCUCAGUCAACUCUGAUGAUGCAUGUAUCAAGAUGGAGGUAAAGGUCAAAGCCAUGGUUCACUCCCCAUGCCCAAGUCCAAACCUAAACGGUGUCAGAAAAGACUAUAAGAACUACCACAUGGAAGGGCUCUUUCAGGAUCAGGCUGAGUCCUUAAAGAAUCUCCAGCAACCACAAAAUGGUGAGCUGCAUCUAAACAUUGAUGAAAAUGAUGUGCCUGUGGUGCUGGGGCUGACCCCCCAGCACUAUAUCCCAUACACAAUGCCUUUAGAUGAGGGAAUGUACCCAGAAGGGUCCCACUCCUUCUGCCUGGACACCUCCACUCCCAUGGAGGUGGGGACAGAGACAGAAAGCGGGUCCAUCCACACACACCAGGGACCAGAAGAUCACGAACUGGUUAGUGGGAUGCAUCCGGACCUCUUCAUGGAAACUUCAGUUAAUAGUAUUCUUAUUAGUUCUGCUGGUAUGGUGCUCCAGAGCUCUCGAGUAGACGUCCCACCUCCGCUCUCGCCACUCCUGUCGCCCAUGACAAACAAUGGACACAUUCCUAGGACUUUUUCAGGCUUCAGCGCCUCGGACAGCCAGGUAGCUGAGAGGGUAAGACAUCACCUCAACUUUGACCCAAAUUCAGCACCAGGAGUUAGUCGGGUGUAUGACUCCGUCCAGAGCAGUGGGCCCAUGGUGGUGACCAGUCUGACAGAGGAGCUGAAGAAGCUGGCAAGGCAGGGCUGGUACUGGGGUCCCAUCACGAGAUGGGAAGCAGAGGAAAAGCUCUUCAACUUGGCGGAUGGCUCAUUCUUAGUCAGAGACAGUUCUGAUGACAGGUACCUGCUCAGCCUGAGCUUCAGGUCACAGAGCAAAACUCUCCACACUCGUAUUGAACACUCCAACGGACGCUUCAGCUUUUACGAACAGCCUGAUGUGGAGGGACACACAUCGAUUGUUGAUUUAAUUGAACACUCUAUCAAAGACUCAGAGAACGGAGCUUUUUGUUAUUCCAGGUCUCGCCUGCCAGGUUCUGCAACUUAUCCUGUCAGAUUAACUAACCCAGUAUCUCGGUUUAUGCAAGUGCGCUCCCUGCAGUAUCUUUGCCGCUUUGUCAUUAGGCAAUACACAAGAAUAGACCUGAUCCAAAAAUUGCCCCUACCUAACAAAAUGAAAGACUAUCUGCAGGAGAAACACUACUGAGGACACAGAAACACGACAGUUUGCACAUUUGUGUUCAGGCAAGAGAUUGAAACAAGGUUUACAGACAGCCGCAGUUUUGAGACGAUUGGUUCAGGUAGCUCUUGAUUUGUUUCUCAGUGACUUUGUCACUGUUUAGUCCUCCAUUCCAUUAUUCUGCUGUUUUUCACUGGGUUUCGGAACUCUCUACUUCCAGUCAUUUAGGCCAGCAAAUAAUCUACUGCAAAAAUAUAGUAGAGGUGUUCUGCCAAGUAGUUCAGCUAAUUGAGCGUAGGCAUUAGGCAUUCAUAAUAUGUGGUUAUGUAUGCUACCCAGCUGUGCACAUAGAAGUGGUUUUAAAAGUAGAGUUGAGCCAACUGGAAAAAAUAAAAUGAAAUGCUGAACUUGUAAGUCUGUUUUAUUUUUUUUCAACCAGUUGUACAUUUUGGAAAUAAUUUGAACCUAAUUUUAAUGAGUUCUCAAAACGUGGACAUUUUCAGCACAAUCAGACUCCAAUGUAGAACAUUGUAGUAUUAUUAGAACACAGACUUCUGUCUGUUUUUCUGCCUAACCUCACAUUUGACUAAUAUCUAAAUACUUUUGAUCCUCAAUUAGAAUGGUGCUGCUUUUAUUUUGUCCUUUUUUCUGCAGCUGUACUGGUUUUCAAGCAUUCAAUGUAAAAAAAAAAUGUUUCUAUUGGGUCAAAAGUUCUUACACUAACCAAAGAGCUAUGUAACAUUUUUUUGAGCUAAGAAAUGAUAUUAGUAACGUUGUAUAUCAGAAGAUGUAAAAACUUUUCCAGGCUUUUUAAAGCGACAAUUUGGUCAAAGAUGUAGCUUUUUGUUUAGCUGCAUUUACUCCUUAUGCAUAAUUUUGCCUAAAGGUACUGUUAAUGCUGGAUUUUAAUGUGCUGUUUGUAAGAAAAAAAAAAUUGCAAAAAAAAAAAAAAUGGCGUGAAAAGUUGAAACCUUUCUAAAAUAUGUUCAUAUUUUUCCUGCAUUUGGAAUCUUAAGAAAGCUGCACUUGAGCUCAGGCCUAACAACGUUUUCCGUGUAUGUAAUGCUUGUAUCAUCACGUCGUAACGGCUUUAAGACUGUCAUUUAGGGCCGCUGUUGUAUUGUUCUGUUUGAGAGCAGAUGUCACAACGGAUAGGGGAGAUUGUUGAUGCCCCCACGUGAGAUUUCCAGUUAGUUAAUUUGGGGUUAGCUACUAAUAAACGCCGGAAAUGAAUCGAACAAAGCUAAAGACUGCAAGAUGAACAGAUUUGGGGGGAAAAGCUUGCAUGUCCUUUCGUCCUAGACUGAUGUUGAGGUCAUGUGACAUGCCUAGGUUUUGCUGUUAUCUCUUAAUACGUAUUCCUUUAAAAUGUUUCCAUCUCUUUUCCCAUCUGAGUCCUCACAAAGCUGCACUAUUCUACACAAUAUCUCUCUACUGGGCCGUUUGUGCUGAAGUAAAGGGAACAGCACACAGUAUGCUACGCAAGUGCUUUAUAUGGAUACUUGACAGGGAAUCAUUUAAACAUUAUGAAUGAGAAUCCAUUCUGACAUCAGUGUCCUUAAAAGUAUUAGGAAAAUGGUCUCGGACAAUUUUGACCGAUUGUUAAGCGCAUAGCUGUUGUUAGCUUGAACCGUUGGGAGUCUGAGGAAGUUACCGUGAAUCUAGCACAGCAGAAGUAGAUAGGAACUUUGAAUGGUGUUGCAUGUUUUAAGACUUUGAGUUGUAUAGGAAUGAAGGAUUUAAGUUCUAGACGGAUGUUCUUUUUAUGUCACAAAAACGUGGGCUGGACAUUCUAUUUACAAGAAAUGUGUUUUUUCUAUUUGAAAUUCUAGAGUCAUAUCGUUUUUGUUUAGUGUUCUGACAUUUUCCGUCUGGGGGACGGGGCUGUACAAAAGGAAUGUACGCUUGUUUGAGGUAUCCAUUUUAUCUGCCUGCCUACCAGUUUCAGAAAGCACCGCGAUGGGGGAUGGGGGGGCAUAAAAACUACAAUGACACAUUAUUUGCACUUGAACAUUUUUGACAUGCUUGGAUCCUCUCCUGCCUUGAGUUUGCCCCUCAGAUGGUCUGUAAAAAGAAAGUCAUGCAUUCACCCUGAUGUAUUCAUGUAACGGAGAGUAAUCGUUUUGGUUUUUUUUCGUCAUAUCUGUGGGACUUAAAGGGUAUUACGUCGCCAUCCUGUCAAAGCCUCCGCUAAUGCCAAUUAGCUGUCAAAGUUUUGGGAGAUGGCGGCGGGAAUGUGGAUGUAAAUUUUCUCGUACCCUUUUGUUUUUCGUUUUGUGAGUGGAUGUGUUUCUGUUGAAAUGUGAACAUAAAAUGUUAGUCUUUUUAAGUACAAUGUUCUUUUAGUUGUAUUUCCGAUUUGAUUUUCAUCCGAAGCUGGUUUCACAUAGUUGUUAUGCUGCUGAAAGUUCUCUGGCUCCUUGUUAGACGCCAUUUCCUGUUUGAUUCCAGAGGUCGAUGCUUGUUCACUGGACAAGUGUUAGCUUCAUUCCUAGCGUAUCUGUGAGUGAAGGUAAUCGUUUACAACCCAACUUUUGGACAUGGCCUUUUUUUUUUUUUUUGGUUUACCCUUUCUCACACGAACACCUUGGUACAAUUAGAGUUUCUUUACUUUGAUGUGUUUUACACAUUUGUGCUGCUUAUGGAUAUGAUUGCCUUUCUUGUAUUUUAACAGUUGGGAAAUGGAAUGUCACCAAUGUAGAUGUAUGUACACGCAGGGACUUUGGUUAACAUCCUGGGAGAACAGAGCAGAUUUGCAAUGUGUUAACGACUGCAGAGAAAUCGUAGCGAUUAGUGGAAACCUUUGUAGAGUUACCAAUUCACUCCAGUUUACGUUGGUGUUAACUUUCCAAAGUAGAUGGUCUUUUUUUUCUUUUUUUUUCUUUUUUUUUUCUUUUGGAGAAAAAAAAAUCAGCAGUGAUUUAUUGCACAUUUUGGAUACAGUUCCAGAGUUUUUUUGUAUCUGCCAAUUAUAAAUUAUAAAUAAAAUUAUAUUCUAAAAAAA